AUGGUUGAUGUCGCAUUCGCCUUAUAUCACAAAUCAUUGUUACCGCCUUCGAAAGAUGUUUAUUAUUCCUACAAUAAAUCUGUAAUCACUGAUUUGACAACCAAUGACAAUUUCAAUAGAAUCCCUCAAUCUGGAAGGAAUUCGGAUCUAUUCGCAAACGAAUUUUUACUGUCUGAAAUUGGUGCUGAACAAUUAAUUACUUCAUUGUAUUCGAAGGUGUUUGAAAAAAAAAAACAUCAAGUAGUUUUAUGGCUUAAUAUUUCGAAUCUCAACAAUAAUAGCCGACGUCGUGAUUUAGUGAUUGCCUUUAAAAUGCCACCCAGACCAAUGCAUUCUUACUAA